GAUGUGGCUGUUUGGGUCCUUUUCGUCCCACGAGGACAUGCUCACGCGUCUCCGUUCACAGUCUGCUUAGGUUUCUACUCAAAGUCUGAUUUUAAAAACUUUUUUCGAGAUGGACACCGACAAAAACCCAGUCCCGGACUCUGUAGUACCCAUUGAGAACAAAGAUGACGCCGAUUCUUUCACAAAGGUUAAGUCAAAAAAGUCUCAGAAGCGAAAACGUGAACAAGAUGGAGCGAGCAUGGACACAGAGGAGCCCGUGGCAAGCAAACGACCGCAAUUUCCGCCCAUUUCAGGAGACAAAUUACGGGGAUCAGAUGAGAUGCGCAAAAUCCCAGUUCCAGCUCACAGAUACACACCGCUGAAAGAUAACUGGCUGAAGAUUUUCACUCCUAUUGUAGAGAACCUACAACUUCAAGUUAGAUUCAACCUCAAAACAAGGAAUGUUGAAAUCAAGACAUGUAAAGAAACACAGGACAUCACCUCACUCCAAAGAGCAGCUGAUUUUGUUAAAGCAUUUGUUCUUGGAUUUCAGGUUGAAGAUGCUCUGGCUCUCAUUAGAUUAGAUGAGCUCUUCCUUGAAAGCUUUGAUGUCACAGACGUGAAACCUCUGAAGGGAGACCACUUAUCCAGAGCUAUUGGAAGAAUAGCAGGGAAGGGAGGAAAAACCAAAUUCACCAUUGAAAAUGUCACAAAGACUCGCAUUGUGCUUGCAGACACAAAAGUUCACGUAUUAGGAUCUUUCCAGAAUAUCAAGAUGGCCCGGACAGCGAUAUGCAACUUGAUCUUAGGAAGUCCACCUUCAAAGGUCUAUGGCAACAUCCGAGUGGUGGCUAGCAGGACUGCAGAGAGAUUCUAAACCUGAAGCCUGAUUGGUUACCAUAUGUAUUUCUCUUCCCCUAUUGGCUGGUGGAAUUCCUAUGUGGGAUCUGUGUUGAGACAGUCACUGCCCUUUGGACUAAUACCUCGGGUUCUUCUGUAAUCUCGUGGUUUCUGAAUCAGCUGGUAUCAAAUAUGAUUAAUAAAAUUAUGAUACGUGCAUUAAGGGAAUAUGGAUAUCUGAAAGUACGUGUUUGUGCAAAUGUGUUUAAAAAAAAAAAAAAAAACUAAACGAA